CAAAAGUGACUUCAAUUUUGAUACAGACAUAGUGUAUCUUCAAAGAAGUAACCCGUGACUGACAAACGCGUGCAUGAUAUAAAACUGUUCAUAACCUUUAUGUAUUUCCGCAUUUCGUACUGUUAAAUCUGUAUUAUUUCAUAAAACAGUGAUAAUAGAUAUUUAAUGUUGAAUAAAAUAGUCAAGAAAUAUGGCUGGUUUGCGUUUAAUACAAACAUAUUCUUCCGACUCAGACGAAGACAAGCACGAUGAUAAAGAAGAUGAUAAAAUUGUAAACAAAUUGGCCUUGCCUGACAGUAUCUCAUCAUGGAAAGGAGUUUCAUAUCAUGAGGAAGUAGUCGAUGAUCCACUAGGUCAUGAUGGACGGAUACGAAGCUUUAAACAUGAGCGUGGUAACUGGGCAACUUUGGUUUAUAUAAAGUAUACGGCCAAUGAUUGUCUUCAUACUUGGAUAAAUUCUAUAUUAAAUGAAUUGCCUGUCCAAGGCGAUAUCAUUUCUAGUCUUCAUAUCAGUCUCAGUCGUACUUUGGUUUUAAAGUUUCAUUGGAUCGAGUCAUUUGUAGAAGGUAUAAAACUGUUAUGCCGUCAGUUUAAUCAGUUUGUCAUACAGCUUACAGAUAUUAAGGUAUAUUGUAAUGAAGAAAAAACUCGUACAUUUCUUGGAAUUUAUUGUCAAGAUGAGAAUGGAGUGUUAAAGUGCCUAACAGAAGCUCUGGAUAAUUUAUUAGCUGGAUAUCAAUUACCAUCGUUUUAUAAGGAUACUUCAUAUCACAUCAGUUUCUUUUGGUGCCUCGGAGACAAGCAAGAAUGUUUAAAAGAAAUUCUACCAUCUCUUACUUGUAGUUUGAAUAAAUUUUUGGCAGAGAAUAUGGAAGAUGCUUAUGUGCAUGUCAACGAAAUACAAUGCAAAAUUGGAAAUAAAUACUAUGCAUUCGAAUUAAAAUAACAAAUUACAAAUGUAAUUGUAAAUUAAGCUAUAAAAUCUAUUUUCUAAAACUGCACAGUAUUAUAAAAAAAUUCAAAUUAUAUUUAAUUGUUCCAAAAUAAUUUAUUGAUUUUUGCAAAAUAAUGUCAAUAUAAAUCAGUAUCUUCUGUAUAGGAAGAGAUAGAUUUACGAAUAAUUCACAAACUGAUAUUUUUCUGGGAAUAUCAAAUGUAUUAUGAAAUAUAUAUUAUUUUUUUCUAGAAACAU